GAACUUGUUUAUGUUUUUAUUGGUUGAUGCAUAUGGAGAAGUGUUAAUUUCAUUCACAGGGAGGCGUAUAUAUUAUAUUUUUGUCGUACAAAUACAAAUCACGGACAUCUUUAUCCUAUGGAUUAUUAUUGCUUUGAGUGAUGCAUCGACGAUUUUUACGCAACCGGAAGCUAAUUAUAAGUGCAUUAGAUAAAAAGUAAAGUAAAUUUUACGAUUGGAAACAAUGGUGAUACAAUAGCAACUGAUUAGCUUUUCAUUCUCAAAUCCGGAUUUUACAUUGAUAAAUGUACCUAGUUAUCAAGAACACAUCGAGAUAUAUUUUCAUUGAGAUUUUAAGAAUCACCUGAUCAGAGAAUAGUUUUCAUAAAGCUCUCGUAUGCAUAGCUGAACAAGUCUCAUACUGCACGAGAUUUGAGAAUAUUUUAGAUUUACGAAGAAUUUAUUUGAUAAUUUAUCCACAUUAGUACAUUUACUGAAGCGUAUUUGUAAAAAGAAAAUUAAUCGAUUUAUAGUUCAGCUGUUGUUAAUCAUUCUCAAACAUUUGAAAGCAUUCAAAAUGGCCUUGAAAGUAUGUUUUAUAGCAAUCUUGGUGAUAUUUUCUCUUCAAAAAUUAAUGUGCCAGGCUAGUAUUCUAAAUCCAUAUUUCGAAGACAUUAGCUUCGAUUUCGUAAAUUAUUCUUAUGUUGAUAGCGAAACUUUCGAUGUUUCGAUCAAUUAUAAACCUAAGUCUCGAAAUAGUAUCAACGUAAAAAUUGAUCUAAUCGAGGAGUUGCCAGCCAAUAUGAUGAUAAAGUUGAAUGUAUCGAGCCGUGUUUUUGGCCAAGAAAUUCCGACUGGCCUAUCAUUCGAGAGUUCAAUUUGUGACAAUGGUAACGCAAAGUUUUUUUACGACAUCUUGAUGGUACCGUUCGGCGUAAAAGAGUGUCCUCCAGAAAAGGGAUCGUACGAGAAAGAAGAUUUCAUACCCGACCUGUCAAAAGUACCUAUACCCUUGGUACCGGGUACUAGUCUACUAAUUAAAAUUCACAUGUACGCGGAGGGCAUACAAUUGCUCGACUGCAAAGCGUUCAUCGUCGCGUAAUAAUUCGACAUGUACUCGAGAAUAUAGAAAAAUACAAUAAAGAAGCUUCAAAACACAA